AUGGGUUCGGUUAAUGGAUUGAUUUGUCUUGCUAUUAAGGAUGAUGGCUUAUUUAUAUGGAAUCCAUCAAUUAGAAAGUUCAAGAAUUUGCCUGAUUCUAGACUUAAACUUAAACUAACCGAUGGUUACGAUUGCCCUGCUGGUGCCAAAUACGGUUUUGGAUAUGAUGAGUCCAAUGAUGAUUAUAAGGUUGUAGGUGUACUUUGUAGGGAAAGACGUUACACUUUCCAUCAUCUUGAGGUCAAAAUAUAUAGUCUAAAGAGUGAUUCUUGGAGAAGUAUGAAAUAUAUUCCGGAUGGGGUGCAAUUAAUGAGACAAUGUAUGUUUUUAAACGGGAAGCUUCAUUGCGCUGUAGAGCUUAAUGGUGGUUUUUCUGAGAACAGGAACAUCAUGUCUAUGGAUUUGGCUGAUGAGAAAUGUGGAACAUUGGAGCAGCCCCUCUAUACAGGAGGAAACGUUUUUGUGAAGCUUGACGUGGUGGGAAGUGAUCUUUCUAUAUUUUGUAACUAUAUGAAAAGUCACGUGGAUGUGUAG